ACAACUCGCGGACUUGUGCCACCGUCGAGCUUGCGUGUGCCGCCCUCUUGUGGCCCUGUUGGGUAGCGGUGGCGUGCGCACAUCGGACGAGCCUGUGGCAAGUGCCUCCGCGGAUUGUAGUGAGGAAAGGAGAAGCCCAGCAAGCGUAUGCGGUUACACCUUGUACACAGAUGGCCGCGUGACUCGUAUCUUGUCUAUUAGGUACACAAAUUAACGUCUGAAGGUAUACGCACGUAUAGGUAGAUAUACAUGAAUAUCUCGCCACAACGAAGGCUGACGGGGAAAUAUGUAAUCAAACCAACGAAAGCCAAGCAUCUUUAUGGCAGCACGUAGACAUACCGCCUGCACCCGUAUAGACUGAGACUCGACGACUCGAGUGUGGAUUUUCAAGUUUGGAUUUACCAACAGGCAGCACCAAGGGGAAGCUACAAUUUUUAAAAGGAUAUAAUUUGAAAACGUGUCGUAUCUUGCCUAUUUUGAGGGAAUAUUGUUUUUAAACAAUUAAUGGCAAUGAAGUGUAAUUUUAAAGGUCGCUUGAGCAACGCUUGAAAUAUUUUGGUUAGCUAUAGAGCUACAUGACAGGAAUAUACAUUAUAGGGCUUUAGCUAGCUUGCUAGCUGUCUGGUACCAGCUUGCCUAUAAUACAUCCGAACGGACGUCAACGAGAUGAUACAUUUCGAAUUUACCUGAGGAGAUUCACCUUUUACACUUUGAAGGAGGGAUUUAUCCAGAAAAGGAGGGAAAGGGACACUAACUUCCCUCUCUCCCAGAGACUUGAAAGACUUUCCUUGGCCUGUGUUUGUGUGUAUAUAGGUUGGCUGAGGUGAAGCUUUAUUGAGGUACCCUCAGAAAGUGCAGGGGAAAGGCUAUGUACUUUAGGAGAUGGAGAGAAGGAAAGUAAGGAUCGAAAGUUAGUGUUGGUCGGGUGGAGAAAAGAAGCACUGUGCUGCUUAUCCGUUACCUCUGUAAAGACUAAAGAAAAGAGAGAAGAGAGAAGGAGGGAGUCUAAUCUAGUGGCAGGGCCCAGUCUCGUAGUCACCAGAAACACUGGAAGAACAGCAGCCAGAGAACCUAGAAGGUGGGUAAGAAGAGGACCACAAAAGAGAGGAGAGACGGGGACUGAAGGAGAACCAAAGGGUCGGAGGAGAGGACGGGGAGGAGGAGGCGGCGCAUCCCCAUGGCGACGGACCCUGGGGAACCCACAGGGACGGAGGACUCUUCGGAGAAACCUGUUGGCGCACGGGAGGAGGAGACGGACCAGGAGAGCAGCAGGAGGGAGAGGACGCACAGCACCCCCUCAGACUUCCCCUCCUCCCAGACCCAAGAGAGGAGAACCGCAGAGGGAGGGGAGACAGGAGGUGGCGGUGGAAGGGGUGGAGGGCCCGGAGAGACCAGGGACAGUAAGGAAGUGGAGCCCCUGGCGGUUAGACCCAUGUCUCUCUCCACACCCUCGUCCCCGGCUGCGACUGCAGCGGCUUCAAGGUCAGGGGGUCACGGGCCGAGACUUAGGAGAGAGAAGCGUUUCUUCAGGAAGAGUGUGGAGAUCUGUGAGGAGGACGAUGUGGUAGCGGAUCCCCCAGUUGUCUCCCACUCCGCCCCCCACCUGGACUCAGUCAUCACCCUCGGUAGCGCCCAGGCCGCUACCGCCACCUCUGCAGCCCUGGGACAUGACACGGCCGACCACGACCCAUCCAGCCUCAGCUCCACCCAGGACCCCGGGGCCAAGGACGCCCCCUCUUCCGCCCCACCCCAGACGGGGAAGGAGCGAGACAGGGAGCAGGAGGAGGAGGCAGAGAUGAAGGCCGUGGCCACCUCGCCGGGGGGGAGGUUUCUGAAGUUUGACAUUGAGCUGGGGAGGGGUGCCUUCAAGACUGUUUACAAAGGCCUGGACACUGAGACCUGGGUGGAGGUGGCCUGGUGCGAACUACAGGACCGUAAGCUGACCAAGGCGGAGCAGCAGCGUUUUAAGGAGGAGGCAGAGAUGCUGAAGGGCCUCCAGCACCCUAACAUUGUCCGUUUCUAUGACUCCUGGGAGUCAGUGCUGCGAGGGAAGAAGUGCAUCGUCCUGGUCACCGAACUCAUGACCUCGGGAACCCUCAAAACGUACCUGAAGCGCUUCAAGGUGAUGAAGCCCAAGGUCCUGAGGAGCUGGUGUCGUCAGAUCCUGAAGGGCCUCCAGUUCCUCCACACUAGGACCCCGCCCAUCAUCCACAGGGACCUCAAGUGUGACAACAUCUUCAUCACCGGCCCUACCGGCUCCGUCAAGAUCGGAGACCUGGGAUUGGCCACUCUCAUGAGGACCUCCUUCGCCAAAAGUGUCAUAGGUACCCCUGAGUUCAUGGCUCCAGAGAUGUACGAGGAACAUUAUGAUGAGUCUGUUGACGUCUAUGCCUUUGGGAUGUGCAUGUUGGAGAUGGCCACCUCAGAAUACCCCUACUCAGAGUGCCAGAAUGCUGCACAGAUCUACCGCAAAGUCACCAGUGGUAUAAAACCAGCCAGCUUCGAUAAAGUCAAUGACCCAGAGAUCAAAGAGAUCAUUGGGUGCUGCAUCCGCCAGGACAAGAGUCAGAGGCUGUCCAUCCGGGACCUGUUGACCCAUGCGUUCUUCGGGGAGGACACCGGGGUGCGUGUGGAGCUGGCGGAGGAAGACACGGGCUGUCAGGACUGCCUGGCCCUCAGGAUCUGGGUGGAGGAGCCAAAGAAGCUGAAGGGAAAACACAAAGACAAUGAGGCCAUCGAGUUCAGCUACGACCUGGAGAACGACAGCGCAGAGGAGGUGGCUUCGGAGAUGGUGAAGUCAGGCUUCUUCCACGAGAGCGACGCUAAGGUGGUGGGUAAAUCCAUCCGUGACCGCGUCACGCUCAUCAAGAAGUCCCGUGAGAGACGCCAGCAGCAGCUGCUCCGACAGCAGCAAGGCUUUGAUGAGAGACGGGACUCCACUCUCACCUCCUCCACCUGCUCUCACCUCUCCUCCCUGGGGCCUGGGGUGGCUGUGCUGACAGGGGGAGGAGGAGGGCAGGGUGAGGUUGAGGAGCUUCCAGAGGUGGAUCAGCAUGUGAGGCAACAGCAGCAGAUCCACAGUGGGAGUGCUCUGAGCCUGCCCACAGGAGGUGAGAGCAUUGGCUCAGCCAGCUGUGAAUCCUAUGCCAGUGGCCAGAGCCAGGCAUACCCUCAGCAAGGGGAGUCAUACAUGCUCUCUCAACCCAGCCUCCCUGCUGCUGCCUCGGCAUUUUUGGCCCACCACGAAAUGCUCCCGAUUGGUCAGAGCGGAGGAGUUCCGAACGUGCCUACUGGUCAGAGUGGUGGGAUUUCCGCCAUGUGCAUUGGUCAAAGCAGUGGUGGGGCACCUGUUGGUCAGCAGACUUACGUUCAGCCUGUUGCUAUGGCAACGCAAGUCUCACCAGGUGUACCACAGCAGUAUUCUCAGUCAUACCAUUCAGAUGGAUCACAGAUCGCACCAAUGGCCCCUUCCCAGUCCUGCGCACCCCCAGUUUCACCCCAAGCCCAGCUUAACAUUCUUCCAGCUCCCAUAUCAGUGGGAGACCCAACAGGACUAGUGGGAGUUGGUGACAUGGAGGCCAUGGUCCCUCUCCCACAACAGACCCAGGCCAAUGUCACUCCUAACAUCAUGCAGGCCUCUGACAUCCAGAUGACACCCCAGCCUUUAACCCAGCAAGCGCAGCCUUUCAUGAUUACCCAACAGCAAACCAUUGUUCAACAACAGCAGAUACUGAUGGAGCCACAGCAGCAGCAAAUGGAGGCUCAACAAACCACCCUGCUUCAGCAGCAACAACCACUCCAACAGGCCAAUGUAAUUCCCCAGAAGGCGGUACUGAUACAGCAACAUAUAGAACAACAGCAACAGACUAUAGCAAUCCAACAGCAGCAAACUACUGAGCUUCAGCAGCAAGUGUAUGUGCAGCAAGCUUUGGUUCAGCAGCAGCAGCAAAUGCAACAUCAGGCCUUACCACCACAACAGCAAUCAAUGGACCAACAGCAGCAACAACAACAGGCAUUGUCAUUACAGCAAGUGGAUCAAACCCUAGCCUAUGUGCAACCACCGCUAAACGACCUACAACAGCAGCAACAACUGCAACAGCAGCAAACAUUGUUGCUACACCAACAGCACCAGAUUGAACAUCAGCAACAACAACAAGCGAUGUUACUAGAACAACAACAGCAAGUGUACAUACAACAGCAGCUUGAGCAACAGCAGCAACAGGUGUUGCUACAAAAGCAACAACAGGCACAGCUACAACAGCACCAACUGGAGCAACAGCAAGCGCUGUUACAACAGCAAAUAUUUGAGCAACAGCAGCAGCAAGCGAUGUUACAGCAGCAGCAACAAGAGCAGCAGCAAAAGCAAGCCUUAAAGCAACAGCAACAACAGGCGCAACUACAGCAACAACAGCUAGAGCAACAGCAAGCGCUGUUACAACAGCAGCAGUUUGAGCAACAGCAGCAGCAAGCACUCCUACAGCAGCAACAACAACUGGAGGCUCACCAAGCGAGCCAGAUCCAACAACAACCGGAAAUGGAUCUACAACAGCAGCAACCACUGCAUCAACAACAGCAAGCUGUGCUGCAACAACCGACCCAACUACAACAACAGGCGGUCGUCAGUCAUCCAAUCGACUCACAGCAAGCUGUGCUACAGCAACAGUUGGAACAACAGCAAGCCCUGCUACAACAGCAACAGCUUCAGCAGCAACGAGCAGUUUUACAGCAGCAGCAAUUGGAGCAACAGCAACAACAGGCACAACUGCAACAGCAGCUGGAGCUACAACAGCAGCAAGCUUUGUUACAACAACAGAUCGAGCAACAACAGCAACAGCAGGCGUUGCUACAACAACAACAAGCAGAGAGACUGCACCAACAGGCUUUGCUACAACAGCAGCAGCAACAGAUUCAACAACAGCAAGAGACUGGGCAAUCGCAGCAGCAAACCGCCAAUAUUCAAUUUCAACAAAGCGAGAAACAAGAGACCACUUUGAUUCAGCAACAAUGUGAGCAGUUGCAAGCUUUGAUUCAACAGCAACAAAUUGAUGUGUGUUUGUUGCAGCAACAACAACAACAGCAAAACACUGCUAUGUUUCCACCUAGUCACACUAGCCUAACGCAGCAGCAAGUGACAGAACAACAACAAGUAGCGCUGAUACAACAGCAGCAGCAGCAACAACAAGCUGUAUUACUGGAGCAACAACAACAAGCGUAUGUUGUCCAGCAACAACAGCAGGGCCAUCAGAGCUCUGUCGUUGAACCUCCUUCUCAGAUCCCUCUUGUUGCCCCAACCCUACCAGCAGCAGAGGUUAUACAGGCCAUGCAGGUCCAAGCUCAGAUGGCUGCCCAAGCCCAGGGUCAGGGAGCCAAACCUGUAGCCAUUCAGCCACAGAUUCCCAGCCAGGCUCCACUGGCUAUAGUGCAUGCCCAAGUCCUGGCCCAGAUUCAAGCUCAGAAUGAAGCUCACCCUCAGAGCCUGGGCCAUUUCCCAGUCCCAGUACUCCAGGCCCAGCCCCAGCCUCCACUCAAAGCCCAGCCCCAGAUGAUCGAGGUCCAGAUUCCACCUCACGUGGUGGCCCCGAUCCAGGCACCAAGUCCUCCGAUCCCUAUCCAGUCCCAGGCUCCUAUAGUACAGGCUAUCCAUCAGAUCCCAGCUCAAAUACAGGCCCAGGCUCCAGUGCAGUCACUCAUCCAGCAGACUCCCCAGCCUCUGCAUCCAACCCAAGCUUUGAAUCCGAUUCCAGCAGUUGUUGAGACUCAGAUGAUGCCUCCUAUGAGGCAGAGUUCAGCUCUGGUCCAACCCCAACCUCCAGUCUCAAUAACCGCCAUGCACAGCCAGAUCCAAGCCCAACCCCAGCACGAGUCUCCAGUGCAGCCCAGUGUUCAGCUCCCAGGUCUAGCGCAGCCUCAACACCGCCCCCAUGCUCCAGCUGUACUACUGGCACCCCAGUAUGUCACUGCACCUCAGUCCAUCCAACAGCAAGCCAUACAGCCAGUCCUGCAACAACAACAACAGGACAUCACACAACAAGUUACCCAGCAACACCAGCAGGUACUGUUGGAGCAACAGCAGUCCAUGGUGCAGUACCAGCAGAUGAUGCUGUCUCCUGGAUCUGUUGGUGUUGGAACUGUCAUGGCGGCCCCUGCCUCCACAGUCAUAGACCCUACCACCUUGGUCUCUGCUUCGCCUCAACACAUACAACAACAGACUGGGCAAGUGUAUAACCAAGGCCAGCAGGUACAGCUACAACCACAGGUACAGCUACAGCCUGUCCCACAGCCACAACAGCAGCAGCUGCAAGUAACAGGAAGCCCAGCUGUGGUGCAGCCGUUAAACCAACCCAUACCUCAGGCUCAGUCUAAAUCUAUGCUGCCCCAACCCAUUCCCAUGGAGCAAUACCAACAGCAACAGCUGGUGCAACAGGUUCCACAAGUCAUACAACAGACACUCCCACAGCAGCUUCAGUCUCAGACAACCCCAGCCCCAAUUCAACAGGCUCUGCAGUCUCAGCAUCAGCAGGUCUCAAAUCCCGACCCAUGUCAACUGGGUUAUCAGCUUCCUCAGAUCCCCCCACAUCUGUUGCCCCAGCAGCCUACUGUUAACCCAGCACAGACAGCAUCCCCCAGAAACGUGCCCCAGCUCGGGUCUCAGACUAGAGCCCUACCCUUGUACAGUCAGGUAGUAGCAGGAGCAGGAGGUCUGCCACCAUCCCCCCAGCACCAAGCUCAGCUGACACAGCCGCUACCCACGCACACACACACCCAGAUGGCCAUGCAAGCUCAGGCACACACCCAGACACUGGCCCAAGCGCAGGCCCAUGCCCACACCCAGAUCCAGCUCGCUGAGGCUGCAUUGGCGGACUCCACCACCGAGCAACAGCCCCCUCUGAAUCCUUCCCAGGCUACUUCCUUCCCCCUUCCACAGAUGCCCCCAGUCCUUCUCAUACAUCGUCUCACCCCCACCCUGCCUCCCUGCCACCCCUCCAUCCUGCUACCCCUGGCCCAGAGACCCAGCCCACCCCACCAGAGAGCCAACUAACCCUGUCUUCUGGCUGAUGUCCCCUCGGGCCUGACCUCUCCCCCGGCUGUUGCCGCCACUGCCCAGCCCCUUGACUCUAACACCCCCUCGCUGCUGCACCCCACCUCAACCUCACUCCAAGACUGUGACCCUGCUCUGCUGGGCAUUGCUCAGGAGAGUCCAAACCAGUCUGGCACAGAGAGGCACUCCUCUUCAGGUGCUGUUCCAGCCAAUGGGGAUGGGGAUCUAAAGAUGUUGUUAGCCAAUGGAAAACUAGAGAGGGUGAAGUCUCAGAGGAGAUUGUCCUAUCGGGGGGCAGAAAAGGGAUCCCAUGCAUUUCAACUGAGUAUGAUCCAGGUGUCCGGCUCUGGUGACAACAUGGUGGAGUGUCAGCUGGAAACCCACAGCAACAAGAUGGUCACCUUUAAGUUCGACACAGAGGGAGACGCACCUGAAGACAUCGCAGAUUAUAUGGUGGAGGAGGAUUUUGUCCUUGAGUCAGAGAAAGAUACAUUUGUGGAAGAGCUGAGGUCCAUUGUCAAGAGAGCUCAGGAAAUUCUCCUCACACAUCAACAGACUGGAUCUAUGGAACAGCUGCAUGUGAGCACUCCAACAGGCACAGCAAUGGACUGGGCGCCUCAGUCGUCUCCGGUGGGCAGAUGGAGGUUCUUCAUCAACCAGACCAUCAGACACAGAGACUCCACGUCCAACCAGGGAGGAGCGUCCACCCCUCCACCUCUCUCGACCGGAGAGGUCAGGGUGCCCCAGUCUACAGACAAUGACAGAGAGGGGGGCGGAGGAUCCCAGAGAUCGGACUCCUCCUUCGCUGGAAUGGUCUCCUCUCCUCCUCCCCGCUCCACGUCCACCCUGUGUUUCCCUGCCACCGCCUCCUCCCUCCCUGCCUCCGCCUCCACCGUUUCUGCCCCUGCCUCCAUGUCUGCCCCCCCAGCCCCUGCUGCCCCCGCUCCUGACACGACGGCCUCUGCUGCCUCUGACAGUAGGGUUUCCGCUCUGACUUCUAGUCUCGCUAGUGCAGUUGUUGCCUCAGUCCCACACCCAGUCCCCGCUGCCUCGGCUAGGCUAGGCCUAGACCUGCAGGCUUCCAUUAACCAAACUUCCAGUGCCACCGCAGCAACAUCCUCCAUCCCAACCACCGCUGCCAACCUCCCAGUCACUUCCAUGGUAGCUGCUUCUGCCACCAUCGCGCCCACUACCACCCCCUCUCCAACUGAAGCUCUGACCUCCCCAGCUACGAGUAGGGGCUCUAUGGUGAGCCAGGGCCGAGGACCAAGCCUGGGUGAUGCAGUAAAGGUGGCCACCCUAGGACAGUGUGUGUCUGGAGGGGACCACUCAUCCACUGGCCCAAUCCACCCACCAGUGGCUGUGGCUGCAGCCGUGGCCUCUCCUCCUGUUAGCCGUGCCGGUCUGGAGCAGCAGCAACACACUCUGCCUCAGAUGCAGUGCACGGCAGCCCAGGUUCAGCCUCAGGUCCAGUUACAACAGCAACUCCAGACAGUGCAACAGGUACAGCAGCAGCAACCGCUCCUAGAACAUCAGCAACAACAACAACACCUGAAGACUGUGCAACUCCAACAGGUACAGAAACAACAGCAAGAGUACCAAGAGCAGAUACAACUGCAGCAGCAGAAGCAGCAACACGCGUUGCAACAAUCUAUUCAACAGUUGCAGAUGCUGCAACAACAUCAGCAGCAGUCUGAGGUACAUUUGCAUCCCCAGCUCAGUCACACAGAGCCGUUACAACAACAGUGUAUGCCCCUGCAAUCACAGACAGAGAUGUUGCCGCUGGCACUACAACUACAGACUCAGCAAAUGCCUGUCCAAAUGCAGAACACACAGUACAACACACAGUUACACAUGCAACAGCUACACCAGUUGCCACCACCACAGCAAAAACAGCCAGUCAUUUCACAGCAACAGGCAGCGAUUGACUUGCAGCCACAGCAUCAGCAACAGUUAACUCUGCAACAAGCACUGCAUAUUCAGCAGCAACAGCAAAUGCUCCAACAACAACCGCAACAACAGCAGCAGCAGCAACAACAGCAGCAGCAACAGCAGCUGUCAGUGAACCAACAGUAUGUCCAACAACAAUCAGUACAGCCACUAAACAUGGCGCUGGUACAACAGCAAGCUCAACAACUCCCUCUAGAACAGACACAACAACUAGUACAGCAACAACAAAAACAACAAGAGGUUAACCCUCAGCAGCAGCAGGUGCCCCAGCAGGCUCCUCCCCAGAAGCAGACGUCAUUACAACAGUCAGAGUGGAAGAGGUCUACAGAGGAGGACAGUGUGACAGAGGAUAUAGGCAGUCACUCUGCCCCUCUACAUCCCUCCUCAGACUUAUCUUUGCCCCUCAACAUUAACACAACCUCCGAUGCCCCCUUACCGCCCCUCUCCCUCACCCUGACCCCAUCCCCAGUCCAACCAUCCUCUGUGGCCGAGUCGGACAGCGAGGGCCCUCCCAAAAUCGAGUUUGUAGACAACCGCAUUAAGACUCUGGAUGAAAAGCUGAGGAACUUGUUGUAUCAGGAGUAUAGUAGUGGGGCAGCUGUGACGGGGGGAGCUGCUGUGGCUUCUACCGCAGGUGCCACCGCAGUGUCAGCAGCCUCCACAUCGGCAGGAGGGGAUGAAUCCUCGGAGCCGCACUCGCUCCAACCCUCCUCCUUCCCUCCUCCCGUGUUGUCAUCCUCAGACACCUCUCCUCACUCUUCCUCCUCCACCACCUCCUCCACCACCUCCCGCUCCUCCUCCACCUCUCCUGACCUGGAAAGGGGGAGAGGAGUGGGGGAGGAGGCUCCACCAGCAAGCCCGGUGGAGCAGCAGCCCGGCCCGUCUCUCUCCUCCGCCUCCCUCGCUUCCUCCCUCCUUGCCUCCCCACACGGAGACUCGGCCGGGCCCCCGCCUAUCCCUGGAGAACCCACUGUUUUUGCUGCCCCCCCUCACUCUGACACCAGUACCCCAGGAGAAGUCACUACGUGGCCUGCAAAUCUGCACCCCGUCCCCCUGGGCCCUGGAUCGCCGCCACAGCACAAUGCAGGAGGUGGAUAUUUUGGCCUAAACCUGACAUGUCCUAGUAUCAGAAAUCCCGUUAGCAAGAAAUCCUGGACUCGCAAAUUCAAAAGCUGGGCUUGCAAACUGCGCCACUCCGCCAGCUUGUUCAAGAAGCCCAGAGUCCAGCAAGACGGUCACUUUAGUGGCAGUCAGGCAGUCAGAGAGGAGAGAGGGGGGGCUUCCUCCAACCCUCCCCACUCACUCAAGGGACGAUUUCAGGUCACCCCAGUGCCCCAGCCCCCUGAGGCCUCUCCCCCCAAGGAGGCAGCCUGUGGUACGGGCAGCAGCCACAGGAAUGUGGGGCGCUUCUCUGUGACCCAGACGGAGAACCAGAAAGAGGAGAAAGAACUGACGGACAGCUCCCCUGUGUCUCCUGACCUGGAGAGAGAGAGGAGGAGGACCCGAGGGAAGGAGGGAGAGAGGGAGGCGGGGAAGAGGACUCCAGCACUGAGCCACCCACCCCGAGGACAUGGUCACGGGCAUGGUCAUUCUCCCCUGGGCAGUAGUGAUGAUGAGGAGAGUGAGAUGGAGGAUGAAGACCUGAGGAAGGAGCUGCACACGCUGAGAGAGAAGCACAUCAAGGAGGUGGUGUCCCUCCACGCUCAGCAGAACAGAGAGCUCCAGGAGCUGUACAGACAGCUGCGCUCCCUCAAAGACCACCGGCAGACCCUGCCCCGCACCCCACCCUUCCCCUCCGGGUCCCCAGCCCUCUCCCCCCGCAGGCACAGGCCGGCCAAAGCCAAGCUCCGACCCAGACCCCACUCACACAUGGACAACAAUGGACUCGCUGGUCACCCCGGUAUACAACAGUCCAGUAGUUUCUCAGGGGGAGAACAGAGAAAACUGCCGCCAUACUGCAACCCAGAACAAAUCACCCUACUGACUACCAAAAGAGACCACAGUCCUCCCUCCCAGGGUGCCAGAAAGAGCAUGUUCACAGAUGACUUGCACAGACUGGUGGAUGAUUGGACGAAGGAGACAGUUUGUCCCGCCGCCCCCAAGCCCUCGCUCAAUCAGAUCAAGCAGAUUCAGCAGGUGCAGGAGUUGGGAGGGUGGCCACAGGCCACAGAGGUGGCUCCUCCUGGUUGGUUCCCUGUGGCACCACUGAACCCCCAGGCCUCCCCAGCCCCCUCCAGCCUCACUGCUCCAGCCCCAGCUCAGUACACCACUGGGGGGGGCCAGUGGAGUGGGGUGGGGGGACCACCAGGACCACAACAACAACAAACACACAUGCCUCCAGUCCCUCAGCUGCAUCAAAGUUUACACCUCCAGCAAGCCCAGCCUACUCACCCAUUACAGAUACAACCCCUAAUCCAGACUCAACUACUGUCUCAGUCCCUGUCUCCCGUAGAGCCACAGACCGGGCAACAACAGAUAACCCAGCAGCCCCAUUUAGGUGUAGGAACCCCACCUCCGAAUCAGAAUAAACCUCUGUUGCCUUCCCAGGUGUCCCCAUCGUCUCAGCUGGCCCUAGCUCAGCCUGGGUGUCUGAUUCCUGGGUCUAGCAACAAUGCGGUAGUGGAGCCCAUAGACACUGGCGCUGCUCCUGCUGCUUCUUCCCCCGGUGGCUCCGGGGGGACAUUGUGCUUCUGCUCCUCCUCCUGCUCCUCCUCCUGCUCUGCUGCUGCUCGACCAUCCAGUGCCAAACUUCACCCCACGCCCCCAACCUCCACUCUUCCUCUGGGACAGCAGUAAAAAGAAAAUGAGAGGGGGGAAAGAGUGAGUUAGAUUAGGAUGGAACAAGGGAAGUAGAAAAAAAGAUGGAGAUGAUGGAUGUGUAAAAACCAUGUGGAAAGUUUGAGAGUGUGUAUGUUAUGAGAGGUAACGUUUGACAAUGACAAAAUGGACGCCAUUAUAUUUGUAAAGAUGAGAUGGGAAGUGAAUGUGAGAGAUGGUUGAGUCUAUGUAGACAGAAUAUGUACAGACAGAGGGCAAUAUGAAACUCUUGGGAGGGGGGGGUCAUGAUAUUGGUGUGUUUGAGAUGUACAAAAUUAGGUAAUGUGUGUGUUUGUGUUGCCAUUUGAUUUCCUCAGUACAUAUUCCUUGUGUGUUUUGACACCAAGUAACAGUCAUGUUAUUUUUAAAAUCCAACUAAGUUUGACCCAGAACUCUUCCUCCCAAGCUGAGACAUGAAGGAACAGAAAACAUUGACAUAUUUUUGUUUUGUUUUUGUCAAUGCUUACUUAUAUCGAAAAGGACUAUGAAUUUUAAAAGUGCAAUUAGUAACUGUCAUCUAAAUUGUAUCAUCCUGUGAUGUCCUGAUUUGUCUGUGGUGGCGUUUAACCAAAUAAUUUUGUAGAAGCACGUUGACAACAACCAACCAAACAUUUACGCAUUAACUGACAUAUUACAUGAGUAUAGCACAAAUGUUUCAACAGGCUACCAAUGAGAUAUAAAGCAGGUGCAACAACAGCAUGUUACAGUAACACCACAGAGCAUGGUAAUAGUGGUGCUACCUGGCUAUUAUCACUACCACAAUGCCACUAAGCACACUGUUGUACAGUCUAGUGCACGGGCAAGGCAUGUACUUCGUGGAUUAUAAUUUUUUACAUUGAUAAAUAAGUGUCAAUCAGUAGAUUAAAGAAGAUUUUAAAUGACAUGUUGAGUAACAUGAUUAAAUUGUGAUCAAUAUAUGAAUAUGUUCAGUGAGCUUUCAUUGAAUAAACACUCAUCAAAACACUAAGACUGCAUGACCUUACGGCUACAAUGUACCUUGACUUGCCUGCAGUCUGCUUGCACUUGGGCUUAUUUCUCACGUCUGCUGUUGUGCACAACAACGAAUUCUGAGGUAAUUUAUUGAUCAGAAAUAAAUAUUUUAUUUGAGCCUAGAAUCAAUUUGUUUUAGGGAAAUAUUGAAUUUCCUCAAUACCAAUUGCUACACUGCAUAUCAAAGGUGUCAUACAAGGAAAACUGAUAAGAAAACAAACUGCCAAGUAAUUUUAUGGAAUGGGGAAACCAACUAUAUGGGCUGUCCUCAUUUUGCCUUUUAGAAUGAAUACUUUACUGUGUGUGUGUGACAGUUUUAUUUUGUGUGACAAAAGCUUUGUAAUAUUGCUGCACUGCAUCACAAAUCGAAUCCCCACUACUUCCAUAAAAGCAGACUAACAUUAGUUGUUACUGUACCAGAUUGUUUACCUAUAGAGCCCAUCAUGUAUUGGUUCUGUCUCUCCUCAAGACGUCAAAGAAGUCAGUUAAGUGAGUGGCGCUCGGACCCAUAAAGUCCAUAGUUAUACAGUGCGUCCCAAAUGGCACCCUAAUCUUGUAAAGUAGGGAACCAUUUGGGACAUGGCUAUAGGGCUUCCGAGUGGCGCAGGGGUCUAAGGCACUGCAUCUGUGCCAGAGGCGACACUACAUACACCCUGGUUCGAAUCCAGGCUGUAUCACAACCGGCCGUGAUUGGGAGUCCCAUAAGGCAGCGCACAAUUGGCCCAGCGUGUCAUUGUAAAUAAGAAUUUGUUCUUAACUGACUUGCCUAGUUAAAUAAAGGUUUAAUUCAAAAAGUGUCAUUGAAAAAAAAGAGUUUGUUAGACAGCAUUGUGAGAGCCUUUUUUUCUGGAUUUAAGUAUUAGUGAAAAUUUUUGUCCUUAACAAGUUAUUUUACGUGUGAAUUACUCUUUUGUAAAUUCGACUAGAAGGAUCUUUAACAGAUCUGCAUGCACACAGCAAAAAGUUUACUGACUUCCAUUUCUCAACUUACUCCAGUGAGUGACAGGGAUGCACAUGGACAAUGAGAUACAGUACAAUCAUCAUUGCAUUUAGCUAUACAUAUAAAUUUGACCAUUGAUAAAUACAUUUUCUGAAAGCUUACUUGGUACUAUAAGUUUUAUAGUUAAAUCAGUAUUUCUGUUUUUAUUUAAAUGUAUAAUGAUAGAGAGUUUUUCCCACAGCAAAGAGGAGAUGGUAGAGCAUAUGUCAAAGACUGCUUCAUAGUGAGCUGAAAACUCACUAGAACUAAUGAAAGUGUAAGGAGGAAAAACAAAACAUUCAUUUUGGGGAGCUAAAACAGUUGGUGCUUAUAGUUGUUCACAAACUUAACACUUUAGCAAUUGCAUAUGAAUAUAUAGUUUAAUAUAAUGGUUUUCAGUAUUUAUGUUUUAUUUUUAUGAGACAACCCACAUUUUCACAGUAAAAUAGUUUAAUAUUAUUAGUGGAGGGGAGGAAGUUACUGUGCUGUCAAGUCAAUACUAACAUGUUGACUAUAUGUCACAGCUUUGAUGAUAUUCAUGAAAAGGAAAUGUGGAACUCGCCCUGAUGUGUUACCAAAAUGGAAUCUAAAGGAAAAAAAUAUUUUUGUAUUUUGAAAUGGGGUUGUACAAAAUGUAAAAUUGUGUUCUUCUGAUCAGUAUUUUAAAAUAUGAGGUUAUCUGACACUAGAAAACAUUGCUUCUCAUCUCUGUUGGAGUCCCCCCAGGAUAUAUUCUAUUCCUCUCAGACUUUGUGUUGAAACAGAGCAAUAGCUACAUCAUAUUUCAAUUGUGAGAGGUUUUGUCAGUAUGGUUCUAAUCAUAGAGAUAUACUGUAUCAACUUGUUUUCAUCUCUACGGAAACUUGAUUCACUGGACAAACAAUGAAACACCGUCAAGAGGUAGGCCUAGACUACCUUUAGGCCAUUGGGCUCAUCUAACACACACCUGUCCUAAUAUUACACCUGACUGAGAACCAAUGAUUUAGAAGGACAUUUAAAUACAAAAACCUAUAAAUAAAACGUAUGUUUCUGGUGAUUUAACCUCUGUAAUAUUGUAACUAAUUCAGUUGUUGAUUUUAUUUAUGUUUUUGUAACUAAUCAAAAUAAAUGGUGUUAAACAUCAAA